GAAUUACAGCUGUCCUUGUGCAACUCCAUACGGUCCAAAAAGAGGAGAUUGACUCUCGCUUCAAAAUUGGCAAUUUCUAUAUGUAGUGGGCUUUUAGGGGUAUCUUUUAUGUUGUGCAUUCUAUAUAUUUGUUGGUAUAGAAAGGCAGAAAAAGAUCUUUCUUCCGUUUCACUAAAAAAAUCACUCUUGAAAGUAUCUUGUCAAACUCUUCUCAAAGCUACUGAUGGAUUGUCUUCAGGAAAUUUAAUUGGUGUUAGUAGUUUUGGGUCUGUGUAUAGAGGAAUUCUUGAACAUGAUGGAACAAUUGUUGCCAUGAAGGUACUCAACCUCCAGUGUCAUGGGGCUUCCAAAAGUUUCUUAGCCAAGUGUAAGGCCUUGAGGAACAUUAAACAUCGCAAACUUGUUAAGGUACUGACCGCAUGUUUAGGUGUUGAUUAUUAAGGUAAUGAUUUUAAGGCUCUGGUUUAUGAUUUCAUGGUAAAUGGAAGUCUGGAGGACUGGUUGCAUCCAGUCACGGGACUGGAUUUGUUGCACAAUGAACCAAAGAAACUAGGUCUUCAUCAGCGAUUGAACAUUUCUAUUGAAGUUGCAUGUGCAUUGGAUUAUCUUCACCAUGAUUGCCAAACACCAAUAAUCCACUGUGAUCUGAAGCCAAGCAAUAUUCUUCUGAAUGAGGACAUGAUUGGUCAUGUAGGCGACUUUGGGUUAGCAAGAUUCUUGCAAGAAGCCAACCAUAACUUCAGUGCAAAGCAAGGAAGCUCAACAGGAGUUAGAGGAACUAUUGGAUACACUGCUCCAGAGUAUGGUAUGGGAAACGAGGUGACAACAAAGGGAGAUGUGUAUAGUUAUGGCAUUCUCUUGUUAGAAAUGUUCACAGGGAAGAGACCCACUGAUGAUAUGUUCAAAGAUAGUCUGAACCUUCAUAAUUUCGUUAAAAUGGGUUUGCCUUAUCCAGUGGUAGAAGUUGCAGAUCCAAUGCUUCUUUGGGAAGUAGAAGAAAAAACUCUGGAUAUCAGAGUAAAAACCCAGGAGUUCUUGAUUUCGAUUUUGCAAAUUGGAGUUACUUGUUUUGCAGAGCUGCUGAAGGAAAGGAUGAACAUCAGUGAUGUUGUAGCUGGGUUGCAUUCUAUCAGGAGCAUUUUUCUUGCAACUGUACACUCAGAACAAAUUAUUUAA